AUGGAGCAUGUUCCCGCAAUUUUUCUUUUCUCCUAUAUAAGCCGUUGUGUCCAUUCCUCUCUUCAGCCACAGCUAACUCACUUAGCAAGAAGCUUGAUUCCGAAGUUAGAAGAGGCAAUGGGCUCUACCGUGACUAGCGACGAGGAGGCAUGCAUGUACGCGCUGCAGCUAGCAACGUCGUCUAUCCUGCCGAUGACGCUAAAGAACGCCAUCGAACUGGGCAUGCUCGAGACCCUUGUGAGUGCCGGCGGGAAGGCCCUAUCCCCGUCCGAGGUGGCCGCGCAGCUGCCAUGCAAGGCCAACCCAGACGCGCCGGCCAUGGUGGACCGUAUGCUGCGGCUGCUGGCCACGCACAAGGUCGUGUCGUGCGAGUGGGAGAAGGGCGAGGACGGCCUCCUCGUCCGCCGGUAUAGUCCGGCUCCGGUGUGCAAAUGGCUCACCGCCAACGAGGAUGGCGUCUCCAUGGCACCCAUGCUCCUCAUGGUCCAGGACAAGGUCCUUAUGGACUGCUGGUAUCAUUUGAAGGAUGUCAUGGUUGACGGCGGUCUCCCAUUUAACAAGGCACAUGGGACGAGUCUGUUCGAGUACCAGGGCAAAGAUGCACACUUUAACAGUGUGUUCAAUAAGAAUAUGAAGGAUCACACCACCAUCAUCAUCAAGAAGCUUCUUGAGUUCUAUAGGGGCUUUGAUGGCGUCAACACCAUUGUUGAUGUCGGUGGUGGGGUCAGUACGAUGAUCCAUGCCAUCACCUCUACGUACCCUUGCAUAAGGGGGAUUACCUUCGACCUCCCACAUGUCAUCUCAGAGGUGUUGCCCUCUCCUCAUGUGCAACACAUUGGCGGCGACAUGUUCAAGAAAGUGCCUCCAGGCGACACAAUCCUAAUGAAAUGGAUCCUCCAUGAUUGGAACGACGAGCACUGUAUGAUCCUGCUGAGGAACUGCUAUGACGCGCUGCCAGCACAAGGCAAGGUGGUAGUCGUGGAGUGCAUCCUUCCAGUGACGUCAGAAGCCAAGCUGGCGGAGCAGGUGGUGCUCAACGUCGACAUGAUCAUGCUCACACACAGUCAUAGUGGCAAGGAAAGGUACCUAAACGAGUUUGAACAGCUGGCUAUGGGCGCAGGGUUCAAAUGUGUCAAGACCACCUACAUCUACGCAGGAUCGUGGGCUAUUGAAUUUACAAAAUAG